AUGAGAUACACGUAUGACCAACUAGCGGGAAGUCCCGCAGCCACCGCCGCCACCAGUGCCCACUACCGCGAAGCACCAACCGGCCCACUAGGACCCGCAUACCUAAACCUGCCAGGGAAUCAAUCAGCUCAGAUCGGCAUCGAGCUUACUAGAUCCAGCAGAGCUCCUGUCGAUCUAUGCGAUAUGUUCUUUGGCUCCCAUGGGCCCCAUGGGGGCCGUUACAAUACCAUGCAUGAUGGUCAUCACUCGAAUUGA